GGCCGCCCCGGGCUGAGGCAGCGGCGCCUGCGCGCUGUAGGGGCGGCGGGGCGGGGCUGGCGCUCACCCUGGUAACAGCACCGCUGAGGGGCCGCGCCCGGCCCCGGCCUCCCCCCGCCGCCAUGCAGGGCGAGGACGCCCGGUACCUCAAGAGGAAGGUAAAAGGAGGCAACAUAGAUGUGCAUCCAUCUGAGAAAGCCCUCAUUGUUCACUAUGAAGUGGAAGCAACGAUUCUGGGAGAGAUGGGAGACCCCAUGCUGGGGGAGCGCAAAGAAUGCCAGAAAAUCAUUCGGCUAAAGAGUCUUAAUGCAAACACAGACAUUGCUUCCCUGGCUCGAAAGGUGGUUGAAGAAUGCAAGCUCAUUCACCCCUCCAAGCUUGCAGAAGUAGAACAGCUGUUGUACUAUUUACAGAAUCGCAGAGAUGCCUCAGCUGGAAAAGAAAAGAAAGAGAAAUCCAGUAAGCCAAAAGAUCCGCCCCCAUUUGAAGGCAUGGAGAUUGAUGAAGUUGCCAAUAUCAAUGACAUGGAUGAGUAUGUUGAGUUACUGUAUGAGGACAUUCCUGACAAGGUGCGCGGCUCUGCCCUCAUCUUGCAGCUUGCUAGGAAUCCUGAUAAUCUGGAAGAACUGCUUAUCAACGAAACUGCCCUGGGUGCACUGGCUAGAGUGCUGAGGGAAGAUUGGAAACAAAGCGUGGAACUUGCUACCAAUAUAAUUUAUAUUUUCUUCUGUUUUUCAAGUUUUUCUCAGUUUCAUGGAAUAAUCACACACUACAAAAUCGGAGCUCUGUGUAUGAAUAUCAUAGACCAUGAGCUGAAGAGACAUGAGCUUUGGCAGGAAGAACUUGCUAAAAAGAAGAAAGCUGUUGAUGAAGAUCCUGAAAACCAAACCCUGAAAAAGGACUAUGAGAAAACUUAUAAGAAAUACCAAGGGCUGGUUGUCAAGCAGGAACAGCUACUCAGAGUUGCGCUUUACCUGCUCCUGAAUCUUGCGGAGGAUACUCGCACUGAGCUGAAGAUGCGAAACAAGAACAUUGUCCAUAUGUUAGUGAAAGCACUGGACCGUGAUAAUUUUGAGCUGCUUAUCCUGGUUGUAUCUUUCUUGAAGAAACUCAGCAUUUUUAUGGAGAACAAAAACGAUAUGGUAGAAAUGGAUAUUGUUGAAAAACUUGUGAAAAUGGUACCUUGUGAACAUGAAGACCUGCUGAACAUCACUCUUCGGCUCUUACUAAAUCUCUCGUUUGACACAGGCCUGAGAAAUAAAAUGGUGCAAGUUGGUCUGCUCCCCAAACUCACUGCGCUCCUAGCAAAUGAAAACUACAAACAAGUAGCCAUGUGCAUUUUGUAUCACAUAAGCAUGGACGAUCGUUUUAAAUCGAUGUUUGCCUACACAGACUGUAUCCCGCAGUUAAUGAAGAUGCUCUUUGAGUGUCCUGAUGAGCGAGUUGACCUGGAACUUAUUUCUUUCUGUAUUAAUCUUGCUGCUAACAAAAGAAAUGUGCAACUUAUCUGUGAAGGAAAUGGUUUGAAAAUGCUAAUGAAACGGGCUUUGAAAUUUAAAGACCCACUGUUAAUGAAGAUGAUAAGGAAUAUUUCACAACAUGAUGGGCCAACUAAAAACCUGUUUAUUGAUUAUGUUGGUGACUUAGCAGCUCAAAUAUCAAAUGAUGAAGAGGAAGAAUUUGUGAUUGAAUGCCUGGGAACACUUGCAAAUUUGACCUUACCAGAUCUGGACUGGGAGCUUGUGCUGAAAGAGUACAAACUCGUUCCAUACCUCAAGGAUAAACUAAAACCAGGUUCUGCAGAGGAUGACCUUGUUUUGGAAGUAGUGAUAAUGAUUGGAACAGUUUCUAUGGAUGAUUCUUGUGCUGCUCUACUGGCCAAGUCUGGGAUCAUUCCUGCGCUCAUUGAGCUUCUAAAUGCUCAGCAGGAAGAUGAUGAGUUUGUCUGCCAGAUCAUCUAUGUCUUUUAUCAGAUGGUCUUCCACCAAGCCACCAGAGAUGUCAUUAUCAAGGAAACACAAGCUCCAGCAUAUCUUAUAGACCUGAUGCAUGAUAAAAAUGCUGAGAUACGCAAAGUUUGUGACAACACUCUGGAUAUUAUAGCGGAAUAUGAUGAGGAAUGGGCUAAAAAAAUCCAGAGUGAGAAAUUUCGAUGGCACAACUCUCAGUGGCUGGAGAUGGUGGAGAGUCGGCAGAUGGAUGACAGUGAGCAGUAUCUGUACGGGGACGAUCGUAUUGAGCCCUACAUCCAUGAAGGGGAUAUUCUGGAAAGACCUGACCUCUACUACAAUGCAGAUGGCCUAAUAGCCCCUGAUGGAGCAGUGAGUCCAGAUUUCUUCAGUGAUUAUCAUCUUCAAAACGGAGACCUUGUUGGGCAGCAUCCCUUCUCCAGCAGCAUCGGAGUUGAUGGAUUUGGUCAGACACCAGGGGUUCCUGGCCGCCCAGCAACUGCGUAUGGAUACCGCCCAGACGAACCGUACUACUACAGCUACGGGGCACGAUAAAACGGCCCCCGUGCGCUCCAGGACACUGCUCCCUGCCCUGGCCGGCGGUAGAUCUGUUGGCGGUAAUGCAUGACUGUACCACGACGGGUCCAUCCCUAUGUAUCCUUUGGCGUGUGUAGCUCCGGAUAAACCUAGCCUUUCUGGGUCCAGUGUCGUAGUGACUGUUUUACUCCUCAGUUGCUCUUUAUCAUUUUUGUACAGUAUUUGCUCUGUGACUUGAAAGCAAGCAUUGAAAGCUACUGGACUGGAAAGCGUCACGUUAUGUAUAUUAAGCUACUAAUUUAAUUUCUAUUAAAUAUAAAAACCUGUGUGG